UCUUCCCGCUGGCUACAGUUCCAUCACCCACGAGGUCUCAGGUGCAGCAGCAUUGCAUACCGAUUAUGCAGGUGUGGAAGGUCGAAAUUUGGCCUUAGGGAAGCCGGCCAGCCAGUCUUCCAUCCAUCACCAUGACAUCGUUGGGUCAGCAGACAAAGCUGUGGAUGGGAACUGCAACGGGGACUGGUACAACAACUCCUGCAUCCACACCAAAAACGAGAUGAACCCCUGGUGGUUGGUGGACCUGGGGGAGCCUCGUAAAAUUUCUGUGGUCUUGGUGAAAACCCGCUAUGACUGCUGUGCCAAAAGGAUGUAUGAAGCGGAGGUCCACUUAGGAAAUUCUCUCAAAGACCACGGAAGAGCCAACCCUCUCUGUGGAACCAUCCUGAACGUCAGCCCGGGCUCCAUCACUACCAUCUACUGCAACGGGCAGGAAGGCCGCUACAUCAGUGUCCACUUGCCCGCAAAGGACUACCUGAACAUGUGUGAAGUGGAGGCCUACGGCAUCAAGUAGAGAAACCACGGCUUGGGUUGGGGGCCAACCAGUCUCCUACAAAACGCCGAUUGCUCUCCCAAAAGAAUCUGAAUAAAUGGGCUACUAAGAGGCAUUCUUGGGUUUCCUCUGAUUUUUAGUCCUCCAAGGCAGUGGCGGGAUUCAAAUUUUUUUUAUAGUACCG